GCAUGGGCAAUUGGAGUUGAUUCCAUCGACGGUCGUCGAUGGACACGAGGCAACGCCGCCGCGGCCUCCCCUCAUCGCCGUAAUAACAAAGCGCCCGCGCCGCAGCCCUCAGCUCCCACUCAUUCUUCUCCCUGCCUCUCUUUCUCACUCAUCGCUCGUGGAGUUGCAGCCAUGGCUGCUCCGGUCGCCGCAUACUCCCCGGCGCUGCGGGUCCAAGUGAAAGCAGCCAUGGAUGCAGCGUCGUCGUUCCGAGUAUUGGCAUCUCUCAGUUUCCCCGGGCAAAGAGCAAGCUUUCCAUCGAUUCGGAUGCAGAAGCGCUCUCAAGUGUCCUGUUCGCUGGCAAAACAAGAAACAGUUGAGAAGGUCAGCGAGAUCGUGAAGAAUCAGUUAGCUCUACCCGAAGACACCGGAGUAACAGGAGAGACAAAGUUUGUAGACAUUGGAGCCGACUCACUGGACACGGUUGAAAUCGUGAUGGGGCUUGAGGAAGCGUUCCAAAUCAGCGUGGACGAAUCGAGCGCUCAAGAGAUCCAGACGGUGGAGGACGCUGCUGCUCUCAUCGACAAGCUUAUCGCGGAGAAGGACGCUUGAAACGCUGUCCGGAGGAGGGAUGACGAUGGGUGGUUUUGAUUUGAGACCAUAGUGCUCCUUAUUGCAAUUAUUAGUCAGAAAAAAAAUUACCCAGUUUCUUUUCUUUCUUCUUCUUCUUCUAUCAUAAUAUGAAAUAUGUAUGCAUAUGCAUGCCUUUUGGUGGUUUGGGAUUAUUAUAAUAAAUAAAACUGCCGCCGAGAGAUGAGAGACGGUACCCAA